AUGCGCUCCUUCCAGACUGUCCUUGCCUUCCUCAUAGUGGCCAUGACCAACAUGGCACUUGCUGGCCCCGUCAUUCACGCCACGGCGAUGAUUCUGGCUACCACCCUCGUCGACACCGUCCUCUCCUCUGGUUUCCAGCACUCCGUGGUUGCCGCCCCUGACCGCAUCCACUCCGGCCGAGCGUUUCCGUUCCGGACGAGCCACGAGACCAGCUGCUUCAACGCUUCCACCUUCACCCCCGCGGGAGGCGGCAACUCGACCUUGGUCCCAUGGGCCGCCCUCGCGAACGAGAGUGACCCAGAGUCAGAUCUCGCCGUGUUCUACGCGUUUACGGCCCUCUGCAAGAAGAUCAGCGCCACGAUCCUGACCCGUAACAUACCGGACAUCUUCGACAUGCGCGGAAAGCACGAUAUCUGCAUGGGGGCCAUGAACCUGCCGCACGGUUGCACAUACGGUGGCCUGUUCGAAGAGGUGCCGCUCUGGUACAACUCUCCUAAUCACACGCAGUACUGCAACAUCCAGGCACGACCCAUCCUGGGCCCCUGCUCGGACUGCACCGGGGGCUUGCUUGCUUGA